AGCCGUUAACUCGAUCACUCGAGCGACUAUAUAAAGUCACUCAAUUUUUCGAUAAGUACACAUUCGAGUCGACACACAGAAUCAGCGAUGUAUCUUCUCGGUGGACUCGUCGUUUUCAGCUGCUUCGCAGCCACUGUUCUCAGUGCACCACGAGUCGUGGGCGGUCAUGAAGCUCCCGAACAUGCGUAUCCCUAUCAAGUAUCUCUGCAGCGAUCGGAAAGACAUUUUUGCAGUGGCUCGAUCUUGAACAAACGCUACGUACUGACCGCCGCUCAUUGCGCCGAGGCGGUAUCCUACAAAGAAACUCAAAUAGUGGUAGGUACCAAUCACUUGAACGCUCGUCCCCAAGUUUAUGCAGCUGAAGCCUCAAUUGUCCACGAAAAAUAUGUAAUGUUCCAAGACUAUGAUAUUGCAUUACUGAAAACCACCAAAGAUAUCGAAUUCAAUGAGCACGUUCAGCCAAUCAAAAUUCCCGAUCGUGAUAUAACCGAUUAUUCUCUAACCGCCACGUUCUCCGGUUGGGGCGUACUUGAUGCUGACGAUACAGCAGCUCCUAACGAUCUUCAGGAAAUCUUCUUAAAGCUCUACAAAUACGACUAUGAGACGGAAGUUCUGGACAGACAUGUCUUCACGUUGAACAGGGAAGGAGAAGGCAUUUGCUUCGGAGACUCGGGUGGCCCGCUUGUACUUAACGGUGCCGUAAUUGGAAUUGCAUCCUACGUCGUCCCGUGCGCUCGCGGUCAGCCAGAUGCUUACACGCGUGUUUUCUCCUACAAAAGUUGGGUCGAAAGCAAAAUCCGUACAAUUUAGAUCCAAACAAAUCAAUGAAGACCGACGAUGAAAUUUUCUCCCUCAAACAAAACCCAUCUAGUUCAAUAAAUAUCUAGUGGAUUCAACUACAUUGUUAUUUAGUUCAUCCCACAAAAAAAACACUCGAAUCAACCAUACCUUUGUCCAACUGAAUGAAAUUUUGUUCAAUGAAAAACAUUUUUUUUCAGUGGACCGAAAAAAAAUGUUCAGUCAUCUUUUUUUAUAAAACCUGUCAACAACAAUGUAAAAUGAAAAAAAAAAAGAACAAAAAAAAGUACAAGUGAUCAUAAAAACCGGCAGGAUUUGAAAAUGUAAUCGUUGGAUUAAUGAGAAGUAAACGAAACUUUAACUGCGCAAA